AUGUGGCUCUUCUCUACAGAAACUCUUGUUGCGCUAUUGACACUACUAGGAACAUUGGUAUACUACGUCAUACGAAAGCAAUCCUAUUGGAAGGAUCGUAAAGUACCUCAGCCAAGUCCGACGUUUUGUAUCGGCAGCUUUAAAGAUGCGUUCACCAAGGUGCACUUCUCGGAAUAUCUGCUUAAUUAUUACAACACGUACAAGGGACAGCAUCCGUUUGUGGGCGUGUACAUGCUAGUAUCACCUGUUGUCCUAGUAACUGAUCUGGAACUGGUGAAAUCAAUCUUAGUAAGAGAUUUUCAGUACUUCCACGAUCGAGGUACAUACCACAACGAGAAACACGAUCCACUGACAGCUCAUCUGUCCAACUUGGAGGGUCAGAAAUGGAAGAAUCUUCGCAACAAGCUGACGCCCACAUUCACGUCCGGCAAGAUGAAGAUGAUGUUUCCUACGGUAGUGGCAGCCGGCAAACAGCUGAAGGAUUUCAUGGACAAAAACGUCGAGAAAAACAGUGAACUCGAGAUGAAGGACAUUAUGGCCCGGUUUACGACGGAUGUAAUCGGGACGUGUGCGUUCGGUAUUGAAUGUAACAGUUUGCGUGAUCCGGAUGCAGAGUUCCGAGCGAUGGGAAAAUUGUUUGUGGAUCGGCCUCCAUCGCAGUUUGUCAAUGUUAUGAUUCAGGUGUCCCCAAAGCUGAGUCGACUGUUGGGGAUCAGGCUAAUUGAUAAGGAAGUCUCGACUUUCUUCCUAAAAGUGGUCCAAGACACCAUCGAUUACCGGGUGAAGAACGGUAUAGUGCGUAAUGACUUCAUGGACCUGAUGAUUCAGAUGCUUCAGAACAAGGACAAUCCUGAGGAAUCGCUCACAUUCAACGAGGUAGCAGCACAGGCAUUUGUAUUCUUCUUCGCCGGCUUUGAAACGUCCUCUACUCUGUUGACCUGGACAUUGUACGAGCUGGCACUGAAUCCUGACAUCCAGGAGAAGGGUCGUCAAUGUGUGAAGGAGAUCCUGAAGAAACACAACGGGGAGAUGACAUACGAGGCUAUCCUGGACAUGAAAUACUUGGAUCAAAUCUUGAAGGAAACCUUGCGCAAGUAUCCUCCACUUCCGAUGCAUUUCCGAAUGACAACACAAGAUUACCGGGUACCGAACACAGAUUCCGUCAUCGAGGCCGGUACAUUGGUAAUGAUUCCCAUCUUCGCCAUCCAACGUGAUCCGGAUAUAUUUCCCGAGCCGGAAAAGUUCGACCCGGAGCGAUUCAGCCCAGAAGAAGAGGCGAAACGUCACCCGUUUGCUUGGACACCGUUUGGUGAGGGCCCGAGGGUAUGCAUUGGAUUGCGAUUCGGCAUGAUGCAGGCGCGGAUCGGUUUGGCAUAUCUGCUCCAGGGUUUUAACUUCGCACCGUACGAAAAAACUUCUAUCCCUAAGAAGUUCAUUAAGAACAAUAUUUUCCUAUCUCCUCAGAAUGGUUUGUGGUUGAAGGUUAAUAAAUUGUAG